AUGUCCAUUCAAGUUACUCGGGAGACCAGACAAGCCUCCAAAAUUAAUCAGAUCUUCGCAAAGAUUGAUGACUCAUUAACGCAAAUGCAAGGUCAAAACAUUGUAAAAAUCAAUAUCCCGGAUCUUGAAAAAGUUGGUAAACACAUUCGUGAGGCCAUACAUAGUAAUUAUAAUGCUCAAAUAAUCAAUAGUGACAUAUUUAUUAAGUGUGAUGGGCAAAACAAAGAAGAGAUUCAAGCUGAACUUUUGAUCUCAGCUAGGGCACAUAAUCCAGCUUGGGUCGUAACAUUAAAUACAAUAUGUGUGGCUGGAGGCAAUAGUUAUCAACCUGAUAUUGGCAUCUGGUUUCAAAAGCCAACAUAUGCACAACGUAAUAGUCCAAUUGUAAAUCGGUGUCCACUACCAAAUGUAUACAUAGAGGUAUUUUAUAAUCAAGAUCCAGAUCGAAGGAACGCGUUGGAGAGAAUCACUAAUGUUCAGCGAACACAUCAUGCGGUCGAAUUUAUUGGAAUCGCUCUUCCUAAUUCAACUUUUCCCUUUCGUCAGAAUCCUUUUCCUUGGGCAUUCACAGUUCCAGCGACUCAACAACUAAAUCAAAGACCUAGUCAAGCUCCAUAUAUAAUUUAUUGGAAUGCUAACCAAACUCCGAUUUAUUAUAUAAUGGAUUGGAAUGAGCACUUACCUCUUAGGUUUGGAUGGAUGCUCAAAUUUAAUCUUGUGCUUAGUGUGAUUGCUCAUCCUUAA